UAAAAUGUAAAUGAAUGUUUGUGUAUGUAUCUGAUUGACAUAUGUUCGAUAUCUCACGCUCUUCGUGCCAGGUACCGCAAAUCUCUACCUAUUGACGCAAACAAAAUCUGCAAAUUUAAGGCCUUAUUCAUCUAAUUCUUGGUUACGCUCUUAAUUCAAAACAUGUCUUUAACUAUCAAAUUUGCUAUAUUUUUCUCCUUUUGCUUAAUUGCAAACGCCUAUCCAGGAAAUCCGUUUCGUAAGGAAAAUGACAGCUGUAGACCAAAUAAUCAAUGCCAAGCAGUUGGACAAGUUUGUUGCUGGGAAUUGGAUCAAUCCAUUGGAUGCUGUGAAAAAAACUUUAAAUGCUGCCCUUCGCUUAGUGGAGAUCGUCACAAUUGCUGUCCGGUAAAAGAGUCCGAAUGCAACAACAAUAAUGGAGCGUCUUGCUAUCUUUUGAAAACAGUUUUAAAGAAAACUGGAAAAACUUCAGUAAAAGAGGAUUGAUUUUAAAACAAAAAGUCUAAUAGAAAAAAAGAGAGAGAGAGGCCAUGGCUUGAUUUUUAUCUAAAAUAGAAUAAAAAAGAUUGAACAAGACUCUACAGAUAUUUCUAUCCCGUCUCUCUCUCUCUCUCUCUCCCUCUCUGUCUCCCUCUUUUGAUUGCUAACAUAUGUGAGGGGUACACUCAUUUAUUUGCUGUACUCUCCUUCAUCGUAAUUUUUCUACUCUUACUCCUACUCCUACUCCUGCACAACAACUAAUUUUUACUUAAACUAUCUUUUUAUUCUCUUAAAAAAGAGAUAGAAAACAGUUAAAGGAAGAAAUAAAUGAUCAAGUUUUCUAUUCCUUUUUUGACUGAAUGAAAUACAAAAGUUUCGAUUGGUAGAAGGUCUUUAGGCCUCAUUUAAAUAUCAGUUUAUAUAUAUAUUAUAUAUAAAUAAUAAAAAUAUAGCUUUAAUUUUAUCUUUAAUCUUAUUUUUAAAAUAUUUUUUAUAUCUAAAUAAAAGAACCGAGUCUUUUGAUUUGUUCAUUUUUCUCUAUCUUUCCUCUCUCUCUCUCUCUCUCUAUCUCUCGUCUUGAGCUCUUUCAAAUUCAACUUUCUAUCAAGUUUAUAUGCUAUCUAUAUUUUAAGUAUCCGCAUUAAAAACAAGAAGCUAAAAAAACAGGUUAUGCAAUCUUUUCGUCCUAUUCCUCCUACUUGUCUUAGUCAUUCCUAAUCCAAUCUAUGUUACCAUGACAAAGAGUCGGCCUAGGAUAAAACUGAACUGAAAUAUAGAUGCCUAGAAAUUAUAGUUCAAUAGUAAAAUCUGACGAAAAGAAAGAGAAGUGUAACAAGCGGGAUAGACAAUGAUCUAUGGAGAUAAAAGAUGGCUCUUUGAUACAUUCUCUCCAAGACUAUAAAUAGGUAUGUAUCAUACGGUAUGUAUGUAUAUUUAUUUGGCUUGUUGAUAUAGUAAAAACUAAACGGGAGCGCAAAGUGGAAACUUUAACUGCGUCGCCUAGUCGUUAAGUGAUAAAAAUAGCAGAUGUCGCAUUACAUGUACCUAAUUUUUGUACGCUUUUUUUUCCAAAUAUACAUCAUUUUGACCCAGAUUUUAAAUAUGAAUAAAUUCUGAUGUAACGAUGAUAGCUAUCUUAUUAUUUCCUCAACUCUUAUUCUGGAAACUAGUUCUUCCGAUUUCCCUUUCUUUUUCUUUGCAUUUAGAGAAAUCCAGCUAAUAAAAUGUUUUCAAAAGCAAUCCUACUGUUCUUUUUACUCUUUUGCUUCUUCUUCUCUCUUCACCAAGCAAGGAUGAUUAGCAAUUUACAAGAAACCACUCCACAAUUUGGUAAUUGCAGGUAAGCGUGAACAGCUUGAAUGAAUGAACGAUUCAGACAAUUAAUUGAACGAAAUUGAUAAAUAUAAGAUAGAACCAAUUGUAAAUCCAUUUUUGGAUUAAAAUACUCUUUUCCCCUCGGCUAUUCCCUAUUAUAGACCAGACAACACUUGCUCGAUACAAGGUGAAAUUUGCUGUUGGGAAAGCAAUACAGUUAGCGGUUGUUGUGAAACCGGAUAUAAAUGUUGCCCCUCCCAAUCAGGAAGUGCGCACGAUUGUUGCCCAGAAAGUGAUGAAACUUGUCAAGGAUCGCAAUGCUAUUUGGCCAAAGUUUAUAAAAAUUACAAUUAAUAAAGGAUAAGAAAAAGGGAAGAGAAGAUAAGGAAGAAAAUGAAGAAGAAGAAGAAGAAAAACAGCAAUAAUAUUUAAAACCAAACCAAAUAAAAUAUGAUGAUAAUUUUAGAAUUGGAAUUUUAUUGAUUUUUAAGGAUUUUCUCUCUUUCCUCUCCUCUUUUUCUCUUCUCUCUUUUAUUUGUUUUACAUUUUUCACAUCAAUACGCUUUUUCAUUAAAAUAAAUACAAUUUAGUUAAAUAAAACAAUCCUUCAGUCUUCGCCUAUCCAUCUAUUUAAGUGAUUUUGAUAUCUUCUUUAUCAUCUUCAUUCUUCUUUCAUAUUAAUGGAGGAAGGGAGAGGGAAUAAAUCAAAGUAAUCUUAUUAAAUAUGAACGCUUGGAAGGGAAAAACAAAUAUUCAACAGAUGGUAAAGAAUAAAUUAAACUAGUGGGUGUGUUCAGGGCAG